AGUAAAUCGGCCAAAACUCGCCGGCAUUUGUGGUUAGAGAGUGGUUACACUUGUCACAGCACUCCCAUCUACGGUUACCAGCUGUGCAUCGAAAGCGAGCAAGCGCCGGAGCUUGGAAGGCAUCAAACAAGCACCCUGCCACCCACUCACUCGGAAACAUGGCGUCGUCGCCGCGCGCGCAGACGCUAAGGCAAGCCGCGCUCGAGACGCCAACCACUUACGGCUCGCCGUCGCUACACGGCACGGCGAUGCGAAUAGAGUCUCCACCGUGGAACGAGCGCAUGGCCGGCGCCGCGAGACGACUCUGGGCCUCGAUGCGGCGCACCGUGACGCCGCAGCGGGCGCGAGGGAGACGGGAGAUGUACGAGGAGAUCCGGGAGCGCGAGGAGGCGCGGCGAAGGUCUUUCGCGGAAGGCGCCGAGGUGUCGCAGCGGCGCUCGCGAAUUUUGUUGCGGGACUCGUACGACCACCAGUCUGUUGGAAGAUGGAACAUUAAGCGAGUGGGCGGCGACUGGGUGCACAUGUAUUUGGACGAUUGGUUUAAUACCAUAGUACAUUUACCUAUACUACGGUUACUGUUCUUGAUGGUCAUCAUCUACGUGGCCUGCGUCUUUGUGUUUGGCGUGGGCUACCUCUCUUUUUCUGAUGAAUGCGGCAUGGAUUUUGGGGAUAGAUUAGAAGCCUAUUACUUCAGCCUGGAGACGAUGGCGACGAUUGGGUAUGGUACUCAAGAUUACUUCUUCGGGCACUGCUGGGAGCCGCUGGCCAUCAUCAACGUGCAGGUCGUGUGCGGGCUGGUGAUUGAGUCGUUAUACUUUGGGAUUAUAUUCCAUCGCCUGACGCGGGGUCGACACCGCCAGUCGACGGUCCUGUUCUCGGAUAAAGCGGUAGUACGAAGGGUCGACGGCUCCUACUACCUCGUGUUUCAGGUCUGCGAAUUGCGACGGCACCACCUCCUGGAUGCGAAAAUUCGAGUUUUCGCCGUGCGGCACGAGCGCGACGAGCAUGGGGCUGCGUAUUAUCAGGCGCACCGCAUGCAGUUACGAAGACCUCGAGAUGAUACGGGCGGGCUGCUGUUGAUGGCUUUGCCGCAGCUCGUGGUUCAUAAACUGGACGCGGCGUCUCCGUUAGUCCCGGCGGAGACGUGGAUUAGUGCAAGGGGGCCUCGAAGCUGGCGCGGGCUGUCGCCGAACGUCAUGGCGUCUCCCACCUUCGGCGAAGGCCACAAACCUAGGUUCGAGCGAGGCGACUCCUUCCGCACGAACGCGGCCGCGAUCCCGUCGCCGCACAAGGUCGGCAAACCUCCUCCAAAACAGCGCAUCCACCGACGACGGCCGAGCGUCGAGUCGCGCAUGUUCGCGCCCUUCACGCACUCGGCGUCGCACGUGAGCGACGACGUCUCGGGCUCGUUCGACACCGAAGAGGAGGAGCCCUCGACGCCGCCACCGCCGGGGCGGCAGGCGCACUUUGCUCGCGGUCCAACAGCGUCCGAGGACGCGGAGUUUCGGGCGGCGCUCGACGCGUUCUUCUUCGACCGCGACGUCGAGAUCGUGGCCAUCGUCGAGGGCUGCGACGAGAUCACGUCGCGGUUAGUGCAAGCUAGACAUUCCUACGCGAUCGAGAACUUCGCGUGGUGGCACAACUUCGCGCCGUGCGUGUUUCGGCAGCCGGGCGGGUCUUGUCUCGUGGAUUUCUCGGAAUUUCAUCGGACGCUCGAGCCGGGGGAGGACCGGGGUGUUUAAGUCUAGGAAUUCUA